AUGGUUGUAAUGACCUCUCCAAUAACUUCUUUUAGUGGGGGUAUGUACCGGUUCAGCAGAAUAGGGAUAGCGAACAGGUGUGUUAAGCUUGCAUUUCGCAGGUUUAACUCGACUUUGGAUUCUCUUACAUCGACUUCGGCAUUAUUGGCCAAUAUUUUUCCUACUUGCCGUUCUUGUGGGAUUAGAUUGCAAACUAUGGAUAAGACUAAACCAGGUUAUUAUUUGAAUGAUGCUGAUAGAGAAAUCAAUAAAAAGCCAUAUGUGAAACAUGAGGAUGUGGUGUUCAAUGAUAAAUAUAGUCAAUUACCAGUUGAAGAUCGAAUAUUAUUGAUGAAUAAGAAUUUCCUAUUUACUAAAACCUUAGGUGAAAAUGCCACUAGAAAGCAUAUAGCUGCUUAUUAUAGGAAUACAACUGAUGUACUCAGAAACCACAUAUUGGAGGAAAAUACAAAGAAUAAAAUAGUUGAACCAGAGUCUUUGGAAUGUAUUAGAUGUCGUGAUGCAUCUUAUAGAUCAGAUUUUAAAAAAUUAGAUACUAAAGAAUUUCCAGUCAUGAGUUUAGAUAGUAUCGUUAGCCAAAUUCCACGUAAUGAAAAGAUUGUUUAUGUUGUUAGUGCCCAAGACUUUCCUAUUUCAUUAGAUCCAAAAAUAUUUCAACAUAGAUUAUCAUCAGAACUUUUCUUCAUCAUUAACAAGAGUGAUUUAUUAUUUAAAUCAAAUGAACACAAUAUUAAAUACGGGUUAACGUUUUUUCAAGAUUAUCUUAAUGUAAAGCAUGGAAUUCCAAGAGAAAAUGUAAUUAUGGUAAGUGGGAAAACAAAUUGGAAUAUCGAUAAGGUUUUAAAUUUUAUAAAUACUGAUGGAACAUGUUAUCUAAUGGGGUGUACUAAUAGUGGUAAAUCAACCGUCAUGACAUCUUUAUUAUUCACUAUUGAAUUAGAAAGAAAGCAAAAAUUAGAAAAGUUAUUAGCUAAUAAAGAACAAAGAUAUGUUGAAAAAUUACAAGAGAAGACCAUUAGAGCUAAUGUUGUAUUGACUCUGAGAAAGAAGAAAGAAAUCAAGAAAUUUGAGGAACAUUUUAAAGCUCAUUCAGGGCCUGGUAUAUCAUAUAUUCCAGGAUUCACCAGAUCAUUUAUGAAGAUUGAUUUACCUGAUAAUAAAGUAAUGUAUGAUGUUCCUGGAUUUGUUAAUUCCAAAGAUCUUCCCUAUUUUUAUAAUUUACUUAAAGAUCCUAAAUCAAUGAAGAAUAUAAGUAAAGGAUCUAAUAUCCAAGAAAGAGGGAUGUUUUAUUCUAAGUAUAUUAGUGUCAGUGGUGGUCAAUGUCUUUCUAUGGGAGGAUUAUUUUAUUUAAAUGUUCCAACUCUGUCAAUGGUCCAAGUUAGAAAUUGUAUUAAUAAUGAUAUGCAUGUCUUUAAAUCAUUUAACAAAGCCCUUGAUGUUUCAUUGAAUUAUGAUCUGAUGCCAAGUUUUAAAGAUAAAUUUGUUAUUGAAUAUGAUAAGAAUACUAUUAAGGAUUUACAAAGAUUCAUUAUACCACCAUUUUAUGGAUCAAUUGAUUUAGUAAUAUCUAAUUUAGGACAUAUUAAUUUAGUUGCAACAGGAGCUAAAGCAACAAAUGAACCAUUCAUCUUAUAUUUACCUAAAGGGUUAGAAGCUAAGAUUAGACAACCUAUAAGUCAAUAUCUUGCAAAGACAUUCAGUGGUAGAGAUAAGAAUGGUAAUCCAUUAACCAAAGAAAAUAUUUCUAAAAAGAGUACAUUUGCAUUCAAACGAUAUAGUGGGAAAACUCCAUUUUCAAGUAAAUUAAUUACAUGUGCUAAUGAUAAGGAAUUAUUAUUAACAUUAGAAGAUUUAAGUUCUGAUAAAGCAUCUAAAGGUGCUAAUCCAGAUCAAGUAUUGCUUGAUUAUAAGAGAAUUAGGGAAUUUGCAGGUAGUCAAACUUCGAAACCCAUUAAUUAUGAUGCCAGCACUGUUCUUAACGAAGAAAAUAAAUAUGAUUAUUGGGUUGAAUAA